UACACACAGUUCGACGAGCUGGUGCGUUUGACAGAGCGGACAAGAUCGCUCGAGGCUCGUGGGUGUGUUCUCUCCCUACGCCUGUGUGGUGGUGGUGAGAGUUCCUUGAACGGCGGAGCUUGGGGAUCUCCACCGGGAGCCGGUACCGUAGGAGGUGCUGGCGUUUCCGGUUGGAGUUCAGCGGCCGUGGGCAGUUCUGCACAGCAGGUUCAACAGCAGCAAGUUUGGAACGGUGGUCAAUCAAGUAUGCCACCGCCGGUCGGACCUCCAGGCAGUGCUGGUUCUAGACAGUCGCAGGAGAUGCUUGGGAAAGCGAACGCCACUGGACCAUCGAUGGUUGUGGGAAGUGGCGCACAGAGUGGUGGUCCGGGAGGAUCGGGUUGGAACCAAGUGGUCAACCCGAACAAACAACCGUCAGCGCAGAGCGUCGGACAGCAGCAACAGCAACCGUCGGUUGCCAAUCAGCAGAUGCCUGGACCGAGCGGUAAUCAAUCGCAACCGGGUGCUGGAAAUCAACAGCCACCUUCGGGUGUUCCGGGAGCCGGUGCAGGAGGAGGUGCUGUAGUGCCAGCCGCUGGAGGAGCUGCGGGUGGUGGAAAUGGUGCCGGUGCCGGUAUCAGCGGAAUGGCCGCAACGCCAUCGGCUAAGCUAGAGCAUCUCAACUCGAUGCGGGAAGCGUUGUUCGCUCAGGAUGGCUGGGGUUAUCAGCACGUUAAUCAGGAUACGCAGUGGGAUGUGCCGAUCUCACCGGAACCCAGCACCAAGCCGGAUCCGUCGUUGAAGGCCACGGUUAACAACGGCACGGAGCUGUGGGAAACUAAUCUACGCAAUGGUGGCCAACCGCCGGUACAAGCGUCCUCGCAGAAGACGCCUUGGGGACCACAAAGCCACCAUGGCGGUACUUGGGGUGUGGACGACGAGGCAAGCGGUGAGGCGAGCAACGUAUGGACCGGAGCACCGGGUGGUCCGGGAUCAGGAGGUGGUGUGGUGGGUGGAUCGAUGGCAGGAGCAGGACCACCACCGGUGGGUGCGAAUCCUGGCGCGAUGGUUGGAGGUCAACCUGGAGCUGCAGGAGGAUGGCAACAGGGUGGAGCGAGUGGUGGUGCCGGCGGAGGUGUUGGUGGUGCCGGAGGACCAGUAGGAGCCGGUGGCAUGUGGCAGGGAGCAAGCGGAGGCCUGACCGGAGCUGGCGGAUUAGCUCCUCCGAAGAAGGAUAAUGAAUGGGGUUCUGGAGGCUCCAGCGUCGGAAUGGGAGGCAACGUUGGUGGUGGUGGUGCCGGUGGUUGGGGAGAACCGCGUGGCAGCGUAGGAGGAGCUGGUGGUGCCGUUGGCGGAAGUGGUCCAAAUACGGGUGGUGUUCCGCCACAUUUGGCAUCGCAACUGGACGGAUUGCCAACCGUUGACAUCCGGAGCAUGCGUCCUCCCGGUGCUGGUGGUAUCGAACCGAACCGGGAGUUCCGUGGUGACCCGCGUGGUAUCUCCGGCCGGCUGAGCGGAACAACAUCUGGAAUGCUCGAGCACUAUCCGAUGGGAAAAAUGCCUCCACCUGGGGGAAUGUCUUCUGGAGCAGCUCCGGGAGGUGGAACCGUUGGCAGCAACCAAUGGCCAUUGGGAGGUGGUCCACCUGGUGGUGGUCUCCCGAAUAUGCCACCAUCGAAAGCGGUAUCCGGCGGAUGGGAUGACAACUCGCCACCGGCCGUACGACGCAACCCAAACAUGGACGACGGAACUUCACUGUGGGCCACCGGUGGACCGGGUGGAAGUGCAGGUGGACGAGCAUCCGGUGGAGUGGGUGAAAGCCAGAUGGGUGUUGGUCGAAAUGGUGGCCGCAAUGGGCCACUCGGUGGGUUAGGUGCCGGUUCACUUGGAGCUGGUCCGGGUGGUCCCGGUGGACUGGGAGGUCCCGGAUCACGCAUGGUUGGAGCCGGUCCAGCUAUAAGCUCGCUGAAAGCGGACGGAGGUAAUAGUGGAGGUGGUAGCAGCAUGUGGGUCGGUGGCCACGGUGGUCCGGGAGGAUCACGCAACGGUUCGUGGGACGAUCCUACCAUUGGCGGUUCCGGAGGAAACAACUGGGACGACAAACCAACCGGCGCAGGUGGACCUGGUGGUCCUGGUGGACCGCUUGGCGGAGGCGCAUCGUGGAUGGAUGGUCCGGGAGCGGCUGGUUCCGGAGCCGGUAUUCCCGGUGGUGGCGUUAAUCAGUCAUGGAACGCAAACAAGAAACCACUGGGUGGUGGUGGCGCUGGAGGCGGUGGCGGAGGUGGAUCCGUUUGGCCAGACUCAUCGUCCGAGCUGAUCGGGAACGAUUGGAACGUUGGUGGUGGUAAAAUGCCGGGAAAACCACCGCACGGUGGUGGUAUCGGACCGCUGGAAAUCAUCCGCAGCAGCAAGCAGUACCGUAUCCUGUGUGAGAUGGGCUACAAGAAGGAGGACGUCGAGUUAGCCCUGCGUGCUGCCAACAUGGCACUGGAGGAAGCGGUUGAGCUGUUGCAGCGGAAUGGCUCGAUGCCGAAUGUCGUCGGUUUGGGUGGUGGUUCCACGGGAGGCAUCGGUGAAUGGCGUCGGGAUGAUGGCCACGCACAGCUGGGUGGUGGUGGUACGGGUGGUGGAAAUGUCGGUGGCGGUGGGAGUAUGUUUGAACCACCGUUUUCCAGUGGUGGUCGUUUCAUGGGCGGUGCAGCCGGUGGAGGAGCAGCUGGCAAUGGUGGUGGCGGCGGUGGUGGUGGAGGUGGACAUUCGCUACAUUUUCAACAGGGUAAUCAAAAUGGCAUGCCAGGAAACGGUGCCGGUAGCAUGGGAGGUGGCAACGGCAAUCCGAACCUGUCCGGGUUACACGGGCUUUCGUCGAAAUCGCUUGGCAGCUAUCUGAAUCAGGCUCCACCACCGAUGGGUGGUGCUGGAGGUCAGGGUGGUGGUCCCAUGGUGGCGUUUAAUCAGGGAGGUGGAUCCGGUGGAAAUCCUAUCGGUGGAGGUGGAGGUGGUGGUGGAGGGCAGAGUUCCGUACAACCGACGACACAGCUGCGCUCGCUUGUCCAGCAGAUCCAGAUGGCCGUGCAGAAUGGGUAUUUGAACCCGCAAAUUCUCAACCAACCGUUGGCUCCCCAAACGUUCCUGCUGUUGAAUCAACUUCUCACUAGCAUUAAGCAACUGCAAGUUACGCAGAACAAUCUGCAACGUAGCGGAGGUGGUGCUGGUGCGAAUAAUCAGAUUGCAAUGAUUGCGAAGAUCAAGCAGCAAAUUGCUAGCCUGCAGAACCAGAUUGCCACCCAGCAGACGCUGUACGUGAAGCAGCAACAGCAGCAGCAGCAACAACAGCAGCAGCAGCAGCAGCAACAGCAACAACAGCAGCAGCAACAACAACAGCAGCACCCACAUCAACACCAGCAACAACACCAGCACCAGCAGCAUCAGCAACAGCAGCACCACCAGCAUUCGGCUGGUGGAAAUCCGUCGUCUCAUCUUGCGGGAGGCCAUCUUGGGGGCAGUUUCCAUCGCAACGAUCCGAACGAGUUGGCCGCACUGCAAAGUACGCUGUCGGAAAUGACGCUGAGCAAGGAUCAAAACGGACCGUACCAUUCGGGGCCACCGGGUGGUGCCGGUGCAGGCGGAUCGGGCUCAACUAGCCAACAGUCACGGUUGAAUCAGUGGAAGCUACCGGCGAUGAUGGAUAAGGAUGCUAAUCACGAUCUGACCGAUUUCUCGCGUGCUCCUGGAUCCACGGCCAAAUCGAUUGGGCUCGGAGGAGGAGGUGGUGCGGGAUCUGGUGGAAUGGCCGGUCUGGGGGGUUUGCAAAGCGACGGCACUUGGUCCUCGGGACGCACGGGUAUGACUGAUGGCUGGCCGGAGAAUGCAUCCUCCGACAUCAACGGCAAGGAUUGGCCGUCCAAUCAGGAUUCGUUUUCAGAUUUGGUUCCGGAGUUCGAGCCGGGAAAGCCGUGGAAGGGUACGCAGAUGAAAAUCGAAGACGAUCCCACUAUAACGCCGGGUAGCAUCGCCCGUAGCCCAAUUGCAUCGAUUUCGGUCGGUUCAGCGAAGGAUUCGGAGCUGUUUGCGUCAAGCAGCAAACCUUCGCCGACUGACUCGAUCAGUUUGUCCUCAUCGACUUGGGGUUUCAGCGCCAACAGCAACAAUUUCUCGUCUGCAUCUGGCACCGGUGGCAUGGGUAAGCUUGGUGGACCGGCCAAGAAUACCUGGUCCGACAGUGGCGUCACCGGGGCGGCUUCCGAUGUUUGGGGAGCUGGGCUAGGUGGUGGUGCUGGUGGUGGCGCUGGUUCUAACAGCGUUUCCGCAAGUAAAACCCCACGUGGUCCACCACCGGGACUGUCAUCCGGAAAGGCGUCGGGCAGUGGAGGCGUCGGUGGUCCCGGAAGUAACGGGUGGGUUCAGCGAGCGGGCCACGGUCCAAGUGGAAACUGGUCAGGAAGCGGUACAACCGGUGUCUGGUAUUCGACCUGGUUGUUGCUGAAAAAUCUUACUGCACAGAUUGAUGGUUCCACCUUGCGCACACUUUGCAUGCAACACGGUCCGUUGCAAAACUUCCAUCUGUAUCUGAACCACGGCAUUGCGCUCUGCAAAUAUUUGACCCGUGAGGAAGCAAGUAAGGCGCAGCUGGCACUGAACAACUGCGUGCUCAGCAACACCACAAUCUGCGCGGAAUCGCCGACAGAAAGUGAAGUGCAGACGAUACUGCAGCAUCUAGGAUUGCCGGGACAGAACGGUAAUGGUGGCGUUGGUGGUGGCAGUGGUAAUGCGGGUGCCACCGGAGCAGGAGGAAUCGGCGGUACGAGCAUGGCGCAGACCUGGCGCUCAGGUGGACCAAACACCGGUCGUGUCAAUGACACCUGGGGCUCGUCUUGGUCAUCGUCCGGAGGUGGAAGCAACCUCUGGACCCCACUGGAUGGGCCAGCCGAACGAGGAACUCCAUCGAACUUGAAUUCGUUCCUUCCGGAAAAUUUACUCGUCGGCGAGUUGAACUGA